CAGCGCAAGACAAAACCAGAACAAACGUCACCGAUUUUUGAAUUCUUUCAAACCCCGCUUUUGGCUCUCGUGCCGGCGCCGACACUCCCCCCUGACGCCGUGCGAUUUCGCACGCUGUCCUCCCACGUGCCAACCCACACCGCCGACGCCUAACCUACCGUCUCCCACGUGCCAACCGGAACAAAUCUCCGGUUCCACCUCCGUCCCCCGCACUUUCGCUCUCCAAAGCCCCCUCCCUCGCGUCCAAAAGAAAACAAAAAAAUUCCCUUCCUCCUAAUUGUUUCUUCUCCCCGCUCGCCGGCGGAGCCAGAGGGAGAUCCCAAAUCCAAGAAGACCACGACGAGACCUCUCCUCCUUCACCAUCUGAUCCAUCGCUGGAAGGGCGUUUCUUGUGUAGAUUCGUAGAGAGAGAGAGAGAGAGAGAGAGAGAGAGAGAGAGAGAGAGAGAGAGAGAGGAGGCGGCGAUGGCGACGGAGGACGAGAAGUUGCUGAAGGAGGCGAAGAAGCUCCCGUGGGAGGAGCGGCUCUUCCACAAGAAUUGGAAGGUCCGGAACGACGCCAACAUCGACCUCGCCGCCCUCUGCGAGUCCAUCUCCGAUCCCAAGGAUACCCGACUCCGCGACUUCGCGCCGUUGUUUAAGAAGACGGUGGCGGAUUCGAAUGCUCCUGUACAGGAGAAGGCUCUGGAUGCCCUAAUUGUGUUCUUACGGGCUGCGGAUGCUGAUGUCGGGAGGUACGCGAAGGAAGUGUGCGAUGCAAUUGUUGCGAAAUGUCUCACUGGUAGACCCAAGACUGUGGAGAAAUCUCAGGCGGCGUUUCUUUUAUGGGUGGAGCUGGAGGCGGCAGAUGCUUUCCUGGAAGCCAUGGAGAAAGCUAUAAAAAAUAAAGUUGCAAAAGCAGUUGUGCCAGCUAUUGAUGUUAUGUUUCAAGCUCUGAGUGAAUUCGGGGCCAAGGUUGUUCCUCCCAAAAAAAUUUUGAAAAUGCUUCCUGAGCUUUUUGAUCAUCAAGACCAGAAUGUUCGUGCAUCUUCUAAAGGACUGACACUUGAGUUAUGUCGUUGGAUUGGAAAGGAACCAGUAAAAUCAAUUUUGUUUGAGAAAAUGCGAGAUACCAUGAAAAAAGAGCUGGAGGCUGAACUUGCCAAUGUCACUGGAAUUGCUAAGCCAGCUCGCAAAAUAAGAUCUGAGCAAGACAAGGAACCGGAGCAAGAAGCUGUUAUUGAAGCUGCAAGUGCUGGUGCUUCUGAAGAAUCUGUGGCUGAUGCUCCCCAGGAAAUCGAUGAAUAUGAACUUGUUGACCCUGUUGAUAUCUUGGCGCCUUUGGAAAAAUCUGGAUUUUGGGAUGGAGUGAAAGCUGCUAAAUGGUCUGAAAGGAGGGAUGCUGUUGCGGAGCUUACCAAGCUUGCUUCAACAAAAAGAAUCGCUCCUGGGGAUUUUACAGAGAUCUGCCGGACACUCAAGAAGCUUGUUACAGAUGUGAAUCUAGCUGUUUCAGUAGAAGCUAUUCAGGCAAUAGGGAAUCUGGCUAGAGGUCUAAGAAAUCAUUUUGCUGCUAGCUCGCGCUUUCUGCUGCCUGUAUUACUUGAAAAGUUGAAGGAGAAAAAACCAACUUUGACGGAGGCUCUUACUCUGACCCUCCAAGCAAUGCAUAGGUCAGCGUGCUUGACUCUUGGUGAUGUUAUAGAGGAUGUUAGAGUGGCUGUGAAAAAUAAAGUUCCGCUUGUGCGCUCAUUAACACUAAGCUGGGUCACAUUUUGUAUUGAGACAAGUAAUAAAGCUGUUGUACUUAAGAUGCAGAAAGAUUUUGUACCUAUCUGCAUGGAGUGCUUGAAUGAUGGUACUCCAGAAGUGAGAGAUGCCUCUUUUGCUGCUUUGGCAGCUAUAACUAAGAUAGUUGGUAUGAAACCUUUGGAAAAAUCAUUAGAAAAGCUUGAUGAUGUGAGGAAAAAGAAGCUAUCAGAAAUGAUUGGGACUACCAGUGGUGGUAUGGUUACUAGUUCAGGAUCAGCUCUGGUCUCAACUUCAAGUGGAAGUAUUUCUGGUCAUGGGCCUGCUGACAGCUCAUUUGUGAGAAGAUCGGCAGCGAGCAUGCUUACAGGGAAAAAGCAUGCCCAAGCAGCAUUGACUACUAAGAAAAGUGGCUCAGUCAAACCAGGCGCUGUGAAAAAGGCUGAUGGGCCUGGAAAGUCAAAGGCUUUAGGAUCAGUCGAGACUGAAGAUGUUGAGCCAGGUGAUAUGAGUCUGGAAGAGAUUGAAGGAAAAUUGAGUUCUCUUAUAAAGGCUGAGACAAUAUCUCAAUUAAAGAGUGGUGUUUGGAAAGAACGCCUUGAAGCUACUGGCUUGCUAAAGCAGGAAGUUGAAAAUCUUGGAGAUCUUGAUCGGUCUGCUGAAAUUUUGAUUCGUUUAUUGUGUGCUGUUCCUGGAUGGGGAGAGAAGAAUGUACAGGUUCAACAACAAGUCAUUGAGGUUAUUACGUACAUAGCUUCAGCUGUGAAACGCUUUCCAAAACGAUGUGCCGUACUCUGUCUUCAAGGCAUAAGUGAAAGGGUUGCUGAUAUCAAAACACGUGCCCAUGCAAUGAAGUGCCUCACUACUUUCUCUGAGGCAGUUGGUCCUGGAUUUAUAUUUGAUAGACUCUACAAAAUCAUGAAAGGACACAAAAAUCCCAAGGUUCUUAGUGAGGGUAUACUAUGGAUGGUGUCUGCUGUUGAAGAUUUUGGGGUUUCCCAUUUAAAAUUGAAGGAUUUGAUUGAUUUUUGCAAGGAUAUUGGGUUGCAAUCUAGUGCUGCUGCAACAAGAAACUCGACUAUCAAACUGAUUGGAAUGUUACAUAAGUUUGUUGGUCCAGAUAUUAAAGGUUUCCUGGCUGAUGUCAAGCCUGCACUUCUUAGCGCUCUGGAUGCGGAGUAUGAAAAAAAUCCAUUUGAGGGUGCUGCUGCAGCUCCAAAGAAAAUGGUGAAAACCUUAGAUUCCACAUCAUCUACAUCUGCUGCUGGUUUUGAUGGACUACCACGGGAAGAUAUUAGUGCAAAGAUAACACCUAUUCUCCUGAAAAAUCUUGGCUGUCCUGAUUGGAAGGUUCGUUUGGAGUCUAUUGACUUAGUCAAUAAAAUUCUGGAAGAAGCUCAUAAACGCAUACAAUCUGCUGGCACUGGGGAGUUAUUCGCAGCAUUAAGAGGUCGUCUAUGUGAUAGCAAUAAAAAUUUAGUGAUGGCAACCUUGUCAACUAUUGGUGGUCUUGCAUCUGCCAUGGGUCCUCCUGUGGAGAAGUCGAGCAAGGGAAUUCUGGCAGAUGUACUAAAAUGUCUUGGUGACAACAAAAAGCACAUGAGAGAAUGCACUUUGAAUACUUUAGAUUCAUGGAUUGGAGCUGUUCAACUUGAUAAAAUGGUUCCGUACAUUACAGUGGCAUUGGCUGAACCAAAGCUUGGUACAGAGGGGCGAAAAGAUCUUUUUGAUUGGUUGUCUAGGCAUCUUGCAAAAAUUAACGAGUCAUCUGAUGCUUUGCACCUACUAAAGACAGCUGUCUCUGCUCUCUCGGAUAAGUCAGCAGAAGUUCGAAAAGCUGCUGAAUCUUGUCUAGGUGAAAUUUUGAAUAUUUGUGGACAAGAAGCAGUGGCCAAAAAUCUGAAGGAUUUGAAGGGACCAGCUUUAGGUCUUAUUCUUGAGCGGUUAAAACUUUCUGGUCUACCCGAAGAAGCUUCAGAUUCCACCAAAGUGAUUUCUACUGGUCUAAAAUCCAGCACAAGAAAUGCAAAACCAGGUUCAAAUAGUUUCAGUGAUCGUGGGUCUAAACAUGGAAACAAGACCAUAUCUUCGAGAGGUGUUCCUACAAGGUCUUCAAAGCAUGACACUUUUGUAUCCGUUCAAGAUCUUGCAGUCCAGUCACAAGCUAUGUUUAACAUCAAGGACUCAAAUAAGGAAGAUAGAGAGAGAUAUGUUGUACGCCGAUUAAAGUUUGAGGAGCCACGUCCUGAGCAGAUUCAAGAUUUAGAGUGUGAUUUUAUGAAGCAUUUUAGAGAAGACCUGCAUAGGAGACUCUUGAGCAUGGAUUUUAAGAAGCAAGUUGAUGGGCUUGAGAUGUUACAAAAGGCAUUGCCGACAAGUGUGAAAGAAAUGAUUGAACUUCUUGACAUACUUUUGAGGUGGUUUGUUUUGCGGUUUUGUGAGUCUAACACAACAUGCUUGUUGAAGGUGCUGGAGUUUCUUCCUGAACUUUUUGUUGCUCUGAAGGAUGAGGGCUAUACUCUAACUGAGGCAGAGGCUGCAAUAUUUCUUCCAUGCCUUGUAGAGAAGUGUGGUCAUAACAUUGAAAAAGUGAGGGAGAAAAUGCGUGAACUGAUGAAGCAGAUUGUCGCUAUCUAUUCUGCAUCAAAGCUUCUUCCAUACAUUUUGGAGGGCUUGCGUUCAAAAAAUAACCGUACUCGGAUAGAAUGUGUUGAUCUUGUUGGAUAUUUAAUUGACCACUAUGGAGCUGAGAUAAGUGGACAGUUGAAGUCUUUGCAACUUGUUGCUGGGUUGACAUCAGAACGAGAUGGUGAAAUUAGGAAAGCUGCUCUAAAUACGAUGGCUACUGCUUAUAAGAAUUUAGGGGAGGAUGUUUGGAGAUAUGUUGGGAAGCUAUCAGAUGCUCAAAAAAGCAUGCUAGAUGAUAGAUUUAAGUGGAAGGCCCGAGAAAUGGAUAAGAGGAAGGAAGGAAAGCCGGGUGAGGCUAGAGCAGCUUUAAGGCGAUCAGUUAGAGAAAACGGGUCAGAUAUAGCAGAACAAAGUGGAGAAGUUCUCCCACGUUCCAUGUCUGUUCCAAUGGUGACAAGCAGGGAAAACAUUGGUUAUGCUGUUUCCAAUGUGGAGAGGCACAUGUUAGCCAGACAGCUGGCUACUGCUAAUGGUCCGGCAGACUGGCACGAGGCUCUUGAUAUCAUUGCAUUGGGUUCACCUGAGCAGUCAGUUGAGGGCAUGAAAGUUGUCUGCCAUGAGCUGACACAGCACACGAGUGAUCCUGAAAACAAUCUUAUUGAAGAUCUUGUUAAGGAGGCAGAUAGAUUAGUUUCAAGCCUAGCAUCUAUGGUUCCGAAGACCUUCAAUUUUAGCCUUUCUGGAGCUUCUUCAAGGUCUUGCAAAUAUGUUCUGAACACGCUUAUGCAGACCUUCCAAAUCAAAAAACUUGCCCAUGCUGUGAAGGAGAGUACUCUGGACAACCUCAUCACUGAGCUACUACUUUGGCUUUUAGAUGAAAGAGUUCCUUUGAUGGAUGAUGGCAGCCAACUAUUGAAAGCACUUAAUGUUUUGAUGCUUAAAAUUCUGGACAAUGCAGAGAGGACAUCAUCUUUUGUUGUGCUAAUCAAUUUAUUGAGACCCUUGGACCCCUCUAGGUGGCCUUCCCCGGCACCAAGUGAGGCCUUUGUUAGCAGGAAUCAAAAGUUUUCAGAUCUAGUUGUUAAAUGUCUAAUUAAGCUGACAAAGGUACUACAAAGUACGAUAUAUGAUGUCGAUCUUGACCAUAUACUUCAAAGCAUUCAUGUUUAUUUGCAAGAACUAGGAAUGGAAGAGAUACGAAGAAGGGCUGGAGCUGAUGACAAACCACUGCGAAUGGUCAAAACUGUUCUGCAUGAACUUGUCAAGCUUCGUGGGACGGCAAUUAAGGGUCAUCUCUCCUUGGUUCCUAUAGAUAUGGAGCCUCAACCUAUCAUUCUUGCAUACAUUGAUCUUAACCUUCAGACUCUUGCAGCUGCUAGAAUGUUGACUCCAUCUGGUCGCAUGGGACAAACACACUGGGGCGAUUCUGGUUCAAACAGUCCAAAUCCUCCAACACACUCUGUAGAUGCUCAAUUGAAGCAAGAGCUUGCUGCAGUAUUCAAGAAAAUUGGUGACAAACAAACUUGCACCAUUGGUCUAAAUGAACUCUACCGUAUCACACAACUUUAUCCCAAGGUCGAUAUAUUUGCUCAGCUCCAAAAUGCAAGUGAGGCCUUCAGAACAUAUAUCAGAGAUGGGCUUGCCCAGAUGGAAAAGAAUGCAGCAGCUGGAAGGACACCCUCAAGUCUUCCAAUGUCCACCCCUCCUCCCUUAGCAACUAUUCCAUCUCCAAAAUUUGCACCCCUUUCCCCCGUACGCACAAAGUCACUCAAUGUAAAAACUGAAAACAUAAACUCUGUGGCUGUAUCAUAUAGUGAAGAUGUUGCUGUUGGUACAACAGCAUCUUUGAGAGGUCAAAGUGACUCGUCAGACAUCAGGUCACAGUUGGGGGAUGAUCGAAAUGAUAGAUUUCCAUCUGGAGCUCCUACAAUUACAUCAGGGACUUUAGACGCCAUCAGAGAGCGGAUGAAAAGCAUCCAAGCUGCUGCGGCCGCAGGCAAUAUGGAUAGUGGAGCCCGGCCAUUGGCAUAUGCUAAUGGUAAUGUCCUUCAUGGGACAGACCGCCUGGAUGGAGAAACCACAGGUCAGACUAAUGUUCUUCCCAUGGAUGAGAAGGCAUUAUCUGGACUUCAAGCCCGGAUGGAGAGGCUAAAAAGUGGAUCCCUUGAACCUCUCUAGUAGAUGAGUAGAGUUUGUUUCCACUUUAGAUUCUUGUAAAUGGAAGAGAGUAAAAAACAGGGUGAGGCGGUGUUAUGCUGAGAAUAUGUUGAUGUUCAGGUGCAUGUCAUGGUGGAGGACAAGUGCAUCUGAUGCUGAUCCGACCAUAGUUGAGGUCUAGGUAAAGUGAAUGGCAAUCCGGUGAGCAGGCCCCAGAAUCUUGUUUGUAAUGUUUCAUUAUUGGUAUAAUGUAACAGAGUAAUCUUUGACAUAUUCUUAUUCAUAUUUUUCUACCUUGUAACCAUGUAAAUCCGCACACAGCUUGAGCUUUUCAAAAUAUACUGGGUGGGGGUGUUAGCCA